UUAUUCACAGGAGUGAGUUAUAAAAUAGAGAUGAGAUCUAACAAAAAGGCCAAAAAGAAGUUCAAGACCGGUAACAAUAUUGCAAGAAUGAAGGAGAUUGAGGGUAAUCUUGUGUACCAGUCAGGCGUGCCUAAUAGAAAAGAUCAGUUUUGGAAAGACCAUUUGAAGAAGGAAGAAGAAGGCAAAUUUAAUUCACUGUUGAAAGGCAUUGAUAUGGAAUAUGUGCACAAAAUUCCUUUAACUGAUUCUAUGGCUGACAGAAUGGAUCAAGCACAAUUUAAGGAUCCUUUCCUUGUGGCACAACAUACUCUUCAAUUGCAGAAUUUGAGUCCUAAAUUUGAAAAAUAGAAACGUCUUUGGCCAUUAUUCCAUUAAAACAAAGAAGGACAGAGAGCGUGAAUUUAGCCAGACGAAACAGAAAGAAAGUCUUAGGUAUGAUGACCUCAAAGAUGAUCAAGAUGUGAAUCCUGUGCAUCAUCCACCAAGAGAGGAAAAUCAUUUCUCUCAGAGCUUAUCACAUCCAACUAACGAGAUGUAUGACACUAAGCUUAUCCACAAGCCUAAAGGGAAUAGAGGAGUCUCUAUAAUGAGUGGCGAAAUCAAUAAGGUCCACAAGAAUGUUAGAAAGGUUUACGAUCGUGAAAAAGUUCCAUAUGCAGGCUCUUCUAUUGAUAUUACUCAACCAGAUGUCUUUAGAUAUGAAGUUGAUAAAGAAUUAACAAGAAACAAUCCAAUGCUGCAAAGUUAUAAAACGUUCAGAAAAGCAGAGGAUAAGUUAGAUACAUUUUCUCCCACUAGAACCGAAAAGCCUAGCACUUUUUAUAAGUCAAGGAAUUCAACCCAUUUGAAGAAAGUCAAUAGUAUGGAGAGAAUUUUAGAGUGGCAGCCAAAGGGAUUGCAUAAAUUGAACCUAAUUAACGACAAAAAGAACAUUUUCAUGGAGAAAAGCCUGAAAAACAUCAUUCCGUACCAAGAAAACUCCAUUGGCCACAAGCCAUAUGCCGUCGAUUACCCCACCAAGGCUCAGCAGUACCAAUCCAAACUCCAACUGAUUAACUCUCCUCACAAAGAAUUCAAGUUGCCAAAUCUCAGCUUAUCCAAGCUAUCCUACUAA